GUCAUUCUUUGCGGUAUGUGGGCCAUGUGUAAGCACAUUGUGUGGGCCAGAUCCGGGCCAUACCAAUUUUGCUAUGUGGGUAGUGGGUGCUAGGAGCCAUAGCCCUGCCCCCCAGGACAUGAAGCAGGGAUGGAGGAGAUCCGGGCCACGAGCAAGGAUUACCACCAGAGGGGCAGUCACGUCACCCACCUAGAAAAGGAGGAGUGCCCCGGAUGGGGGUCACCCAGCAGCCAUGGUGCAGAAGUCACAGGGGCUGCAGCACUGAGCCUGCAGGCUCCACUGGCAGCCAGCUGCACAAGAUCAGACCGAGCCCCGGGCCCAGAGACCCAGGAUCCGAGGGCCCUUCACACCCCAGAAGGGGCCCGACAGAGCCAGGAGGGCCAGGCCGCACCAAGCAGCCACAGGAGUGAGCCAGUAUAUACAAACAGGUACAUACAAAUACAAACAUACACACACAUUCCCACCCUCAUGCACACAUGCACAAAUACUCAGUACUCACCUGACAUGGAGACACACAGAAGUGAAGCCAGUACACACACUCACACUCCCCAUACAUACUGUAUACUCCCUGGUCCAGGCACCACAAUAGAGAACGGGGGUGUGUGAAGACCCCAUACCUCACUCUACCUGCUCAUAUGUGGUGUUGAUGCGUGCCGUUCUAAAAUGCAUUUAAAACAGGGGAGGGGCAUGGUGCCAUUUGAAGUGAAGUGUUGCUUUGUUUGCUUGGUGUUGGUUAAUUUGCUAGUAUUUGUGUUCCCCUCAUGUGUCAACUUGGUCUUAAGAUGGAGAUAUUUUAAGUUGCUGUUUUUACUUGUGUUUAGUUCUAGUCAUUUGAUCUCUUUUAUGGGCACUGUAUUGCAAGUUUAUUUAGUAUAUUUUUGCAUUUUGGGGGGUAAAUAAAGACCACUUUUUUCUAAAUACUCAGUGUGUCCUCGUGCUUAACCAGCUCAGUCCCUCACACACUGUGUCAACUAUACAAAGCUUUGAGCAAUUAUAAAAGUGCACAAAUGAAAGCAGAGUUUUAAGAGUUUUAACAAACAGCAAUAGUGUUAAUUUUGUCGCUGACGUGCAGAGAGGACAAACCAACUGUAAACUGAUUUUGUUAUUUUGGUGUUCAUAGUCACACCAAACAUGAUGACUAUUUUCAGUUUACAACAUUUACAGGCAUUCUAGAGGUUUUUACUCAUGUAUCUAGAUUUUACUCACAGCAUUCAGAGUUGAGAAUUCUUGAUUACUCAAAGAUGUACGAUAACUGUUUCGUUUUUUGAAACUGAGGCUGAAAAUUCUGCACAAAGGUAGCUUAUACGUGAUAAUCUUCAUACCUGGUUGCACUGAUAGCUUUGUGUCUUCUGCAAAAUUCAACAGAUACUCUCUGCCGUGUCUUCAGAAACAGCAUAUAUAUUCCACAUAUGUUUCAUCUUAAGAGAGAAUUCAGUAGGAAGUGUGUUCAAGGGACACUUCACGGCACAAACAGUGCACAUAUUUUUCCACUGCUUUGUAGGCUAUUUAUCUAUCUAAGGUUAUUUCAUUAUUAUUUACUCAGUUUUGGAGAUAGAGGCUGCAGAACUGUUAACCUUGAGAGCAACAAAGGUCCACAGUGUAGAUAAUGGAACAACUAACUGGCUUUUGCCUUAUGGUAUUCAACUGGAAACUUAUCUCUUUCUAGAAGUCAGUAAUCUGCAAACAUGGCUGUGUGAGCUGUUUCAGGUAGGAAUCAUUUAGUCUUUCAUGAUGCAAAUGCAUCAUGAUCAUGCAAAUUGUUCAUUGACCCAUGUCAAGAGUUACAAGAGGCUAGUGCCACUGACAGGAUUUACAAUCAAUGGUGUACCCUGAGUUGUACUCUUAUCUGUAUGAGUGCUUUCUUUGUUCAAUGGAUGUAGAGCAUUUUGGUAAAAAAAGAAAAUCAUAUCAAUAUAAAACAGCUCACAGGGAAAAAAUUUUGAUUUCUGAAAAGAGACAUUGCUUUUUAAUUUUAAUUGGGGAGUUGUCUUCACACACUGAGGUCAAAUUUGAAGUUCCACUGGGUUCAGUGCUCGAACCAGUUCUUUUUACAUUUUACGUGCUCCCUUGGACAGUAUCAUUCAACAUACAUUUUGAUCGGUAUGCACAUGAUACCCAGCUCCAUCUAUCCAUGCAGCCAGAUAACAAUAAUUUCUUAUUUUUCCAUUAUCUCUUUAAUGUCUGUGAGCAAGAUGGGCAGACUGUGAUCAUAUGAUCACAAGGUAAAGACAUGGUCAGCAACAAUGUUCCAGUAGGCUGUGGUGUUUAAAUCAUGCUCAGCUAGACAGGAUGGAUCCAUGCUUUCAUGCUGUUCAAAGUUUGACUCUAGCAUCAGAAUGUUGCAGCAGAAACUGAGACUCAUCCAGCAAGUGAGUUUUUCUAAUGUGUUUCCUAUCUUUUUUCGAAUCCUGUGUCAAUUGUAGCCUCAGUUUCUUGUUCUUAGCUGACAGUGUGACACUGUACAAUCUGGGGGGAGACCAUCUGCUUCAUUGUUCAGUGAGUUCUACAUUCAGAGAUGCUCUUUUGCAUACCUUUGAUGUUGCUAAUGUUUAUGUUGUUCCUAUUGUUUUCCUUUCAGCUUGAAGCAGACCUCUGACUUCAAUAAGGCAUUUUCAUACAGAUAACUGCUGUUCAAUAGAUAUUUUCUUAUCAGACUAUUCUCUGUAAACUCUUGAGAUGGUUAGGUGGGAAAAUCCCAUUAGAUCAGCAGUUUCUGACAUACUCAGAUCAGCCCGUCUGGCAUGUUUAAAGUUACUUAUGUUGCCUUUCUUUUCCAUCCCAAUGCUCAGUUUGAACAUUUUAAAUACAGCAGGUUGUCUUGACUAUGGCUUGUGAGGUAGCUGCUUUAAGAAGUAGUUGAAUAGGUGUACUUUUCAAAAUGACCAGUGAGUGUAACUAGUUUUGUCAUCAUAUGUUACCAGUUGGGCUCUGUGUUAAAGAGAGACAAACAAUAGGCAAAGUGAGCAGUAAAGACAGCACAGUUUGUUAUGUUUUAUAUCUUUAGUUUUUUAAACUCUUGAAUCAUUGGAAUAUAAACAUAUUAAUUUUGGGUUGCCUUACCUAAGAAAUGUUCAUAAUCUAACAGAGAGUGAUAAAACAGGAGCGGGGGUUGUUUUUUUUCAACAUCCGUUUUCAAGAAGAGAGAAGCAUGAGUGGUUGUAUCUUGUAUCUUGCACUAAUCAAGAAUAUGUGGUUUUUCCAUUUGCCAUUUGAGUCCAUACGCCAUAAUACAAUGUCAACUUCUUACUGCCUAUACAAAACAAAGAUACAUAGCUAACUGUUUCCGAUAGCUCAACCACAGUACCAGUACCUUUUUUCCUGAACAAAGAAAAAAAGCCCAGAAAAAGGUUAAUAAACAUGCUAAAAAUACCCUCAAAGCUCUAUUUCAGUUUAAAAGAUGUUUUUUUCCAUCAUACUUUAUAUGGAUCGAAAAUAUUUUUACCUGUGUUCAAGUUAGUAAAACAUCUUACUACUUAUGUACUGAAUUGUACAGAAUUGUAUUAUUAUCAAUAUUCAAGUUGUAGAUAUAUAGGGUGAAUUUUAAGUAUGAUGGCUCUUUAAGUUGUUGACUUGCAUAAUUAAUUAAUCCAAUGUUAAAAAAUUAGACACUAUAUUUAGUAUCUUAGAAUACCUGUUAGAAACUAUGUUAUUACUGACAUGUCAUAGAUGUAAAAUAUGUGUUUCAAUUUAAGUUUUUUUUAAAUAAAUAUUAAUAAAACAUUACAAUUUGUAGUAACAUAGACAGGAUAGUCAGCAAACUUGUAAUUGUAACUCUUUUAUCAGUAAAGUCUAAAAACCUAGGCGUGGGUUUUCCCAUAUAAAUAGGUUAUGCAGGUGACGUCUCUCUUUUGGUCGCAUUCUUAUGCUGUGUGUCACACAGGAAAUAGUGGCAUUUCUCAGCACUGAAGAACUGAAUAUGGCUGUGCUCCAAGUCCUCAUACUUACUUUGAUUUUUAACCAACAUGUUGCUGGUUUGACAUGCAACAGAGGUGAAAAAGUAUCCCGUAAUGGAAAGACCUGCGACGAGUGCCCAGCAGACUAUUACCAGGAUCAAGAAAAUACAAAAAAACAUUGUAAACCAUGUACAAGGUGUGAGUCUAAUGAUGGUAGUGUCAUUAAACAGGAUUGUACCAAAUUCACAAACACAAAAUGUGAGUGCCGUAAAGACUUUGUUCCACGGGACAGUGAUUAUUCCAUCUGCCAAUGUGCCGAGGGAUUUAAACAAACAGGAGGAGAAUGUCAAAAAUGUGAAGAAGGAUUUUUCAUUACAUCUGAAAACUCAGACUGUAAAAAAUGGAAAGAAUGUACAUCAGGAGUGAAAAUCAAUGGAACUGCAACGUCAGAUGCCAUCUGUAAUGAGCCAAACAGUAAUACUCGUAUCACUACACCUCCCACAUCAAAAACAAUUACUACUCUUCAAAGUUUAACUCAACGUCCACAUGAGGGGGCCACAACUCAGGAGACGGAUACUACUACUACUCCACGAGUGGCCACUUUCACAAAGAAAGUGCUUCCAAUUCCUCCUGUAUAUGCAGGCAACCACAUUGGUAUGGCCCUCCUUAUUUUCGGAAUUGUCGGACUAGUUGUACUAACUGUUGUGACCUGCAAGCUGCACAUCACUGACUGCUGGCACAAGCAAAAAACAGUACAACCAAUGGACUCCUUGUGUCGCACGCCAGUUGAGGAAAGCUGUAAUGAAAGCCAGACCCCGCUCAAGUCAGACUACAUGGAACCUUGAAGUUAAACUUGUUUGUUUUUUUUUCAUUUAGGCAUGAAAUACACAGCUGAACUUUUGACUCAGGUAAUCGUUAUAUCAGUAUUUUUCCUUACGGUGUUGCUUUUAUAUUAGAAAUACAUCAUCAAACUAUUUACUAUCUGUAUUGUUACAGGUGUAUUUUCAAGUCAAUAUUUGACUUUUGUUUGUUCUGUUUUAGUAGAAUCGUGAAUUAUCACAAACAUAUUGUAAGCCUCUUACCUCACUUUUUAAACUGUGAAACAGUUUAAGUAGUAAACAAUAGUUUUCCCUACUUGAACUGUUGUAAAUUGACCAUAAUAUUAUUUUUAUUAAUACUAUUAUGUUGGUCAAAGAAAUCUGUGUAAUGUUAGUAUUGAUCAACAUUUUCUAUAUGCAGAUUUUUGCACAGUGACCUGAGCAAUCAUGCCACCAAAUGCCUCUGUGAAAUGUUUUUUUUUUCAAGAUAUAUAUGACAUCACAUAAGUUAAUGCGACUAACUGGGGCUUGUGACAAGCCUGAGAAAUACCCAGUAAGACCAUUACAAUCAAUACCACUGAUCCAGAAUAUUAUAAACUACUUUAAUUUUUGCAUGAAGUCUUUCUGCCCAUUGUUUCUCAGUUUUUGAUUACUCAGCUCUGUUCAAAUUAGCAGGUCUGUGAAAACAAACAUGCUUUCAGUGAUGUGUGGGUUUGGCGGAGUUCCCCCGGGCACCUAAAUGUGGCUCUUUUUCCCCACUGAGACAUACAUCCUCUCAUGUUUUCAUUUUGGCCUUUGGAAAGACUGAUGUUGUAAAUGUGAGGACUUUCAUGUUGUUUAUACCUCAUUGGAGAUGUUUCUCGGAUCACAUAGUCAGAGGAGUUAUGAAAGCGUCCUCAUACUUCUCCUCACUUAUGUUUUGCACCAGAAACCAGACACACACAUUCAUAAAUUUCAGUUAAUGCUUUGUCUGCCUGGUUGACUCUUUGUGAAGAACCGAAUAUGGAAAAAGCAAAACCUUUUUCCAUAAAAACCUUAAAACCUUUCGUCGACAUUGUUGUGUUUGUUGGGGAGAAAAUCUUCCCAAGGAAAGUGAUUUAAAUAAAGACAGAAGUAUAUCAAGUUUUCAGAUCCAUUAUUUAAGUAUAAACACCUAUAUAACAGUCCAACCUUAACUUAAUAUUAAAUUGAGCAUUUAUUUAAGUAUAACUCACAAGAAGUAAACUUUCUUAUUUAGUAAAGAUUACUUAGUAAAGUGUUUAUUAGUUUGUGUAUUAUUAUGUGUUACAUUAAUCCUCAUAUACCUGUGAGUAGGCAACAUUUUACUGUUGUAGCUGCUUUUUGUAAAACGCAAAUAUGACUUAUAGAGAGUACACACAUACUGGAAACAGUCCCUGCAGGUAGUUUGCUUUCAGUAAAUGUCAGAGAUGUAGGAAGUAGGUGUGUGGCUUCAAAGAAAAAUACAGCACCUGAAACAACCUUUUCGUCUGGUUUUGAAGUACAGCAGCUUGCAUGCUAUACUUCAUGCUGUAUGCUGUACAUACAAUAUAUGCCCUUUUGUUUUUAUUAUUAUUUGUAUUUGUUAGCUUUUUAACUCGGCAAUCUCUGUAAUUCUAUGUGUGCAAAUUCUGCGAAACCGUACAUGCUUUUCUGAGUAGUAUUUGCAUUUGCUUGACAUUUAGCCCUUAUUGCAGCAAACUCAUAGUAGCCUAAUGUUUAUGUUGGACUAUUUUUUCUGAAAUAUAACAUAUAUUAUUCUGUGUUUUUUUGGUGUCAAGAAAAGAAAAUGUCUUUUUUGUAAAAAUGUAUCUUGGCUUCUAUAUUCACUUUACUUUGAUGCUAUGUUUAUAAUGUAAGUAAUGGUUUUUGUAUUGUUUUGUAUCUUUUUUAUGAUAGGCAGUAUAAAAUUAAAUGAUCUAAAUGGA